AUGUGCAAUCCUCCAUUCUACGCUAAUAGUGACGACUUGUACGAGAGAAGCAAAUUCAAGAAUCUGAAACCAAACGAGCUUUUGAGUAGCCAUUCGGAGAUGUUUUACGAAGGGGGAGAAGUCCAGUUUAUCAAAGACCUUUUGGAUGAUAGCAUUAAGCUUGCAAAGGAAAAACCGGAAACAGUCAAAACGUGCUGGUUUCUGUCUCAAAUCGGCAUAAGAAGCAAUUGUUUUAAGGUUGAAUCGGCAUUAAACGAGGCUAAAGCGGCCAAAAAGAUCACGCAAUUUCGAAUCGACAAGCUCCAAACCCCCGGAAGUUCCACCAGUAGAUGGGUCGUUGCAUGGUCAACUCAUUGGUGGAGGUGGCCGGCAGGCAAAGCCAUCUACACUGUAAAGCUCGAUAUAAAGAAAGUUCACCACGACAUUGUUCGGAAACUCGAAAAAGAAUUGGCUGCAAUUGAAAAGUACUACCCUCAAUUGGCAUGCAAUUUGCAGUUAUCGUGUGAAAAACUUGUUGUACGUACUACUGUACCUUUCUGGACCCGCAAAUUUCGCCGAGCAUCUUCACGCCGAGAAAAAGUUCCACCUACAGUGAGCAAUAUUUUCGCAAUCGAGGCCACCCGUAUACAGUGGGUGCAUGGCUGCGACUUCCAGAUUUUCUACUCAUUCUGCAAGUUUAUUUUGGUUUUGAGCGAACAAUCGGAAGCAACGUUGGAAGCCCUGUCCCUAAAUGGCCCAAACGGGGAAAUCCGACGGAUCCAUAUACAGGAGUGA